AUGCCAUCCUACAAAUUGUAUUAUUUUGAUAUGAUGGGGCGAGCAGAGAUAAUCCGCUUGAUAUUUGCACAAGCUGGGAUUCCUUAUGAAGAUAUUCGGAUCCAACAAGAAGAUUGGCCGACCAAAUACAAGCCAAAGAUGCCAUUUGAACAAGUGCCAGUUUUGGAAGUAGAUGGUAAAAUGUUAUCUCAGUCUACUGCAAUCGCUCUGUAUCUUGCUAAAAAGUUUGAUCUGGUUGGAGAAAACGACUGGGAAUUUGCCCAGGUGGAAGAACUGUUUAGCGUAGCAACAGAUCUCAUAAGACAUAUAGCGCCAUGGUAUAAAUGCGAAGAUGCUGCUAAAAAGAAGGAACUAAUGGCUGAAUUUGAAACACAGCACCUAAUUCCAACAUUCAGACGACUGGAAGGCAUCCUGGCCAAAAACAACACUGGUUAUUUUGUCGGCAAAAAGUUGACAGCUGCAGAUUUGAACAUGUUAUGCAUAGUUGGACUCUUUGGUUCACUGUUUCCAAAUUCAACAACUCAACUAACACAUUUGAAUCAUUUCAAGGAUCGAAUAAUGAAAUUACCAAAAAUCAAGGAAUGGAUUGAAACGAGACCUAAGACCGAUUUCUAG